GAGAAGAUGUAGCGGUAUUAGACCGGUUGUAGACAGGUUGCUGCAUGCAGAUCGUAGCGAGCAGUCUACAUAGAAUAUAGUGUGCACUGCAGUGCCUGUGCUGACAGUUGGGCCAGAUGAUGAACACGUCCAUAGAUUGGUGACAUCAAUACACAAGGCCGAGGGAUAGAAAUUGCUUUUAUAUGUGUGCCAAAUCAUUAGCUGUAAUUUUGCUUCUUCACACUGUGCCUUGUUUGUACACAAAGGGGCCAUAAUCAUUGUAUUUACUGCCAUUGUUUGCCUAGAACAUGCAGAUUUAGAGAAACAUGGGAAGUGCAUAGCUAUGUAAAGUGUAUACCCAAUAUUGGAGACUGAAUAGUGUAACUGAAGGGUGAUAGAAGAGAGAAGUUCGCUCAGGAUGUCUGUGGACGAUCCAUUCUCCGUGGUAAGAGGGGAGGUACAGAAGUCACUAAAUACCAGCCGGGGUCUCUACCAACGCUGGUGUGAGCUCCUCCAGGAAAGUAAUGUGUCCAGCGCUGAAGAGUUUGAUUGGACGACCAAUGAGCUCAGAAAUUCCCUGAGGAGCAUAGAAUGGGACCUGGAAGAUUUAGAAGAGACCAUCAGCAUCGUUGAAGCCAACCCAAAAAAGUUCAAGAUUACGGGAGCUGAGCUGUGUGAAAGAAAGAACUUUGUGGAGCAGACGAGAAGUUCUCUUAAGGAAAUGAGGGAUCACAUCUCCAGCCCGCGAGCUCAGGCCUUUGCAGAGAGAAAGAACCGAGAGGUAGCGCUGGGUGUCUCUCAGCCUAUGGGUUGGGAUCACUUUUCCCGUCUCGAUGAGGAGAUUCUUUCAGGCGACUCUCGUUACAUAGAGGACCAGCAAGCACAACAACAACUGAUCCUAGAUGAGCAGGAUGCAGACCUGGAGCUGGUAUCGGGCAGUAUUCGAGUGUUGAAGAACAUGUCAGGACGUAUUGGAGAUGAGCUGGAUGAACAGGCCGUAAUGCUUGAUGAUUUUUCCCAUGAGAUGGACAACACACAAAAUCGCAUGGACUCUGUGCUGAAGAGAUUGGCCAAAGUAUCCCACAUGACCAGCGACCGGCGGCAGUGGUGUGCGAUCAUCGUUUUAGUGGUUGCUCUCCUUAUUUUACUUAUCGUGCUGUUUUCACAUAACACAUAGACUCCAGCCGGCCCUGUGUAUGGAGUUUACAAGUUACAUAUGGUUAUUACAGGUCAUUUUGCUUCCCAUUGGACAGGAACUCCAUGUGAGAGACUACCGCAGCACUGCCACAUAUCUGCAGACAUACACAGUAAUGAAUAAAAUA